UGAUGGAUAUCCUAUGGAUUUUAUGGACACUUCUCCCCUCGGUACUCGCUGUUGAAGAAAUGUUGAUGGACUCCACAACGGCGACCGCAGAGCUGGGCUGGACCGUAUAUCCUGUGUCAGGGACAAGUGACAGCAGUUGGGAAGAAGUGAGUGGCUACGAUGAGCAUAUGAACACCAUUCGUACCUAUCAGGUGUGUAAUGUCUUCGAUGCCAACCAAAAUAACUGGGUGCGCACCAAGUACAUCCGACGGAGAGGAGCUCAACGCAUUCACGUAGAGAUGAAAUUCUCAGUGCGAGACUGCAGCAGCAUCCCAAGAGUCCCGGGUUCCUGUAAAGAAACUUUUAACCUGUACUACUAUGAAUCAGACUCUGACACGGCCACCAAAGUUUUUCCCCCUUGGAUGGAAAACCCUUGGAUAAAGGUGGAUACCAUUGCAGCCGACGAGAGUUUCUCGCAAGUAGACCUAGGUGGACGCGUAAUGAAGAUUAAUACAGAGGUACGCAGUUUCGGACCUGUCUCCCGUAACGGUUUUUACCUAGCUUUUCAGGACUAUGGCGGAUGCAUGUCUCUGAUCGCCGUGCGAGUGUUCUACAGGAAGUGCCCUCGGACCAUUCGGAACGGAGCGAUAUUUCAGGAGACGCUUUCAGGAGCCGAGAGCACCUCCUUGGUGGCGGCGAGGGGAGUUUGCAUCCCUAAUGCCGAGGAGGUCGACGUUCCCAUUAAGCUGUACUGUAAUGGAGACGGAGAGUGGAUGGUUCCUAUUGGCCGCUGUAUGUGUAAAGCUGGUCAUGAGGCUGUGGAGAAUGGAACUGUUUGCAGAGCAUGCCUUUCGGGUUUCUUCAAGACAGCGCAAGGUGACGAGAAAUGCCUGCAGUGCCCAAUCAACAGCCGCACCACCAAUGACGGAGCCACCAACUGCGUCUGCCGAAAUGGAUAUUACCGCACGGAUUCAGACCCCUUACAGAUGCCCUGUACAACCGUGCCGUCGGCCCCUCAAAACGUAAUCUCCAGCGUGAACGAGACAUCGCUGAUGCUGGAGUGGAAUCCUCCACGGGAGACCGGCGGGCGCAACGACGUGGUCUACAACAUCAUCUGCAAGAGCUGCGGAGGUGGCCGGGGUGGCUGCACGCGCUGCGGGGACAAUGUGCAGUUUAUUCCACGUCAACUGGGACUCACCGAGACCCGGGUCUUUAUAAGUGACCUGCUGGCCCACACGCAGUACACUUUCGAGGUGCAGGCUGUCAAUGGAGUAUCAGACCAGAGCCCUUAUUCGCCCCAAUAUGCAUCAGUCAACAUCACGACUAACCAGGCUGCUCCUUCUACCGUGUCUAUAAUGCAUCAGGUCAGUCGGACCAUUGACAGCAUCACUCUCUCCUGGUCGCAGCCAGACCAGCCCAAUGGGGUCAUACUUGACUACGAGCUGCAGUAUUAUGAGAAGGACCAGACCGAGCAUAACUCCUCCGUAGUGAGGAGUCAAACCAACACCGCAGUCAUUCGUGGCCUCAAACCCGGUGGCAUCUACGUGUUUCAGGUCCGAGCCCGUACGGUGGCCGGGUUUGGACGCUACAGCGGCAAGAUGUACUUUCAGACUAUGACUGAAGAGGAGUACAACACUAGCAUUCAGGAGAAACUGCCGCUCAUCAUUGGCUCAGCGGCUGCUGGUCUGGUCUUCCUCAUUGCGGUGGUGGUCAUCAUCAUCGUCUGCAACCGACGUGGGUUCGAGAGACCGGAUUCGGAAUACACGGACAAGCUGCAGCACUACACCAGCGGCCACCUGUCACCAGGAAUGAAGAUCUACAUCGAUCCGUUUACCUAUGAAGACCCCAAUGAGGCUGUGAGAGAGUUUGCUAAGGAGAUUGACAUUUCGUGUGUGAAGAUCGAGCAAGUCAUUGGAGCAGGGGAGUUUGGAGAGGUGUGCAGCGGUAAUCUGAAGCUCCCAGGAAAGAGGGAGAUGUUUGUGGCCAUCAAAACGCUGAAGUCAGGUUACACAGAGAAGCAACGGCGAGACUUCCUGAGCGAGGCGAGCAUCAUGGGACAGUUCGAUCACCCCAAUGUCAUCCAUCUGGAGGGAGUGGUGACCAAGAGCAGCCCUGUCAUGAUCAUCACUGAGUUUAUGGAGAACGGUUCAUUGGACUCUUUCCUGAGGCAAAACGAUGGGCAGUUCACUGUGAUACAGCUGGUGGGCAUGUUACGUGGGAUUGCCUCUGGGAUGAAAUACCUUGCGGACAUGAAUUACGUUCACAGGGACCUGGCUGCCCGCAACAUUUUAGUUAACAGUAACCUUGUCUGCAAGGUGUCUGAUUUUGGACUCUCGCGCUUCUUGGAGGACGACACGUCUGACCCAACCUACACCAGUGCCCUGGGGGGGAAGAUCCCUAUUCGAUGGACUUCCCCAGAGGCCAUCCAAUACCGGAAGUUCACCUCUGCCAGUGACGUAUGGAGCUACGGCAUUGUUAUGUGGGAAGUGAUGUCGUAUGGUGAGAGGCCAUAUUGGGACAUGACCAAUCAAGAUGUCAUCAAUGCCAUUGAGCAAGACUACCGGCUGCCCCCUCCCAUGGACUGCCCCAGUGCCCUCCACCAGCUCAUGCUGGACUGCUGGCAGAAAGACCGUAACAACCGGCCCAAGUUCAGCCAGAUUGUCAACAACCUGGACAAGAUGAUCCGCAACCCCAACAGCCUGAAGGCCAUGACGCCACUGUCCUCAGGAAUGCAUUUGCCCUUGCUUGACCGCAGUGUGCCCGACUUCUCAAGCUUUAGUUCUGUGGAUGACUGGUUGGACGCUAUUAAGAUGGGCCAGUACAAAGACAACUUCGCCAAUGGCAACUUCACCAGCUUCGACCUAGUUUCCCAGAUGACCAUGGAAGACAUUCUCAGGGUUGGCGUGACACUAGCAGGCCAUCAGAAGAAGAUCCUCAACAGUGUUCAGAUGAUGAGGGCCCAGAUGAACCAGAUCCAUUCAGUAGAAGUUUGACACCAGUGCCCCCAUUAGACUGGGAAGAGAACAAGAGGAGGGUCAUCGUAAAGGGAUGGGGCGGCCACCACAGACCCUGAGCCUGCUUUUCUUUCUGAACCACCUUGGAUAUCCACCUGCCCCCUCCUCCAAAAACACUCUCAUUCUCCAUCUGUGUUGGCCGAAUCCUUCACAAACCCCUCAGCCACCCUAAUGGGCUCGUUCCGGGAAAACUUCAUCUGGAAAAUAUGGUCACACCAUCUGAUCGUUUAGCUUUAGCCGACAUGAAUCACAGGACGACCCCCACAUACCCCUUCAAUUUUCUCUUACUUCCUUUCCAGUUUUCUUAUUUUAUUCUUUUUUUUCUUCUUUUUUAAAGAGUUUUUGUAUAGAAUUUUUAAAGCAAUGAGAACACAAGGAAUCUAUAUAAAAUAUAUAGAUUUUUGUAAAAGUGCGGACUGAAUUACAAGGCUACCCUUUAAAAGGGCAAUGAUGAAACAGGACAUGAAAACCUCGCCCCGCAAUAUGCUUCUGAGAUUUUCUUUAUAAUAUUUUAUGGUGAAUAAUCUUGAACUGUCUGCUCAGUGGUGACACGUGGGAUAACCUGCAGGACCCUAAGCCCUCUCCCCAUGUUGACAGCCGAGGGAAAAGGAUGCAAACAUUAUGAAAUGGGACUUCUUUUUGGCUGCCGUUACCGCCUUGAAGAAAAUACGAGACUUUAGUCAUUUUUUGCAGUUUAGACCACUUCAACACGAACAAACAAACAGGAAAAACGCCUACUCUCCUAAAUAGUUACCUUGCUCACAGUGUUGCAUUUCUCAUUGCUUGGGGUGGGGGCGAAAUAUUUUACAGAUAUCACAACAGCCCGCCAAAUAGAACAUCAUCCCUUCGUACCUCGUACUGUACAUAUCAGAUGCACUUGACAGUGUGAGGUCAUAAGUAUGAACCUGGUGUAGUCAAACAUUUAGUUUUGGUUUCAGUUAUUACUGUAGAUGGAUUGACAUUGACAUUUGAUGGAUUUUCUUUCACGUGUGCGAAGGGGGUCAUCUUGCAUAUUCUUCCUCCUUUUUAAAAGGUUUGUCAUGGGCUAAGAUGAUUUAGAUUGAAAGACACCAUCAGAAAUUCUUCCCCACAGUUGUAUGAAGGACAAUUCCUUUAGUGCGCUCUUUUUAUGAACUGCUUACAGAGAAAGACCGCAAGUGCACGAACGGUGUGGUCCUCGCAUCAUCUACCCUUGUCACUUUUAUGUUGGAAUCCCUUCCACAUGUGUGCGUGUGCAUGUGUGUGUGGCUCGGUGAGCCCAAGGAGCUGCAGAGCAUGCGUGGUGUGAAACUGAUCUCACAGAAAGCUUGGAUUUGAUACACUUUGCAGAUCACUGUGUUGAUAUGCCUCUAUUUUUGCCACCCAAAUUAGCUUUCUUUUAAAAAGAUGUUUUAUAAUGAGGUGUUAAGGGUUUUAAUAUCUGAUAAGUAUGCAGUUCGAGGACAUUUUCAUAAUGGGGAAGUGAUGUUCAUCAUGGAGUAUAGUUUUAUACUGUAUGAGGAUGUUGAUGUAAAACAUUUUUGAAUUGGGUACAUUCACAUUUGUCUGACAAUGCAUGGGGCCAUUUAAAAGAAAAGUUUAGGUAGAAAUUUGAACUCUAGAUGGCUUAUGGGAUUAAGCUGGGCCAGUUUAAAGAACACAACACAAUCAAUUUUAGCAAAAUUUUGUAAAUAAGUUGUUGUGUAUAGGUUGUAUUUUAUUUUUUACAGAGAAGACUUACAGUUUUCCAAAUAUACCAAGGUAUGUUACUUCCACAACACUCUGAGAUCCUCUCCCUCUGGUACAUACACAUAAGAACCAAGAAAAUGAUGUAAAUAACAUUCUGAAGCAGAACCCCCAAACUGUGUUGGCUUUUAGUGUACAGAUUCAUGUUUGUAUGUGUUGUUAAAGCCGAAUGGUGAGUCACUGUUUUUAAUGUCCAUUUUGGGCCUUUUCGUUUUGUUCUAAGAUGGGCUGAGAGAUGAACGCUUGUGUGUUUGAAUGUCCAGGUACAUCUGCAUACCACCAUUGAGGUCACUGUGGUUAACCGUGUACAUGCAUGUAUUCCAUAACCUCAGGGUUGACGUGCAUCUUUAAUCUACAUUAAAAACAUGUGGUACUGUGAGGUCAGAUCGGUGCAAGUAAGGUACACGGGCUGAUUCGCGUUACUGACUCAUCAUUGAGUGCUGAUAAAGUUCCAACACAGUCUUAUGACAACUCGAAGUACUACGUACGAGAUGGCGAAUUUGUAAGAUGUCGUACCAGCCUUUUAUUCCAGUGGAGACCAAGCAAUCAACAAACUUAUAUUAUAGCUAUCUCAUAUCCAACACUUUAUUUAAAAAAAAAAGGAAAUGUCUGUGAACAAAUUUGAUUACAUGUUUAAUAUUUACGUAUUUAUGCAAUACAAAUGAGUAAUGUACAAGUCAACAACCUGUAAUAUGCUUCCUUCAUCUCGUUCCAAGCCCUGAUGUUUUCUUUCUUCCAUGGUGCACAUAAGUUAUUUCACUAUUGAAAUCUUGGUUAGUUUAGGGUAAGGGGUUAGGCUACACUUUAUGGUUAGGGUAAAAAUUUGGGAAAGUCAUAAUAACAUUGUUGGUCCUUUUGAUUUUCUCUAUGAGAGUAAAUCUUGUAAGUUUUCUUACAUGUUCACCAUCUCGUGCUAUUAUUACGACUUGUCAUGAGACCGGGUUGUAAAGUUCUUGUCAUAUGGUCUACAGCAGCAAUGCUGAUGGUGUUUACCAUUAUCUGUUCUUCUCAUUACACAGUGCUUCCAUUAAAAUGAAGAUUUGUACAGUGCUUGGGCAUGAAACAUAAUUUUGGUCCAGCUGAUAAGCCAUCCCAGGUGUGAACUGUUGAGAUACCUAUAAAUCUUGAGAGACAACCCAGUCUACCUAACUCACUUUCUGUUCUCUGCCGCUACCCUCACUGUUACUCUGUCAUUUCUUAUCAUGUGUCCAGAAUGAGGUUAGAAGUUUUCUUUCCUAAGAGCUUGUCACACUAUAUGGCCUUUAAGCUUCGGUUCUCAGCUUUUUUGAGGAUCUUGGUAAAUUUUUAUAACAGCAGGAGACUACAGGGAGAAAGGAAAUGAAUCAUGGGCACUUAAAGGUGUUGUAAGCAAUUUUUUUGGUGAAUACGACACCUAAAAUAUAUCACUGAAAUAGGUUUCCUAAUAUAUCACACCCAAGAGUCGGGAGAGCAGCCCAUGCUUUUUUAGCCAAUUGGAAAACGCUGUCUACCUAGCCAUCUUUUACGUAUUCAGGUUUUGGAAGAAUGUAAAGGCGCAGUCACAAUUACCUUUGCACUGUGAAAUUCCGCAGACGAAGAAGGCCUGUAAAAAAUACUUGUCAAACAGCCUCUUUUUUUUUAUUUUUUAUGCUGCACUUUUUAUUCUUGCAAGUUAUAAAGAAGCUCACCGCUAAAGUGAUUUCCUCGUCUAUUGUGAACAUUCAGUAUAGCUUCUAAUGUACAGUAUGUACAAAGCACUGCCAAACCAAGCAACUUAUUGGUCAAUGCUGCAAAUUCAAGUGUCAGAGUUCACCAAACUUCAACUCGAAAUGCAUGUAGGGAAAUUCUUUGCCACUUUAAGUCCAUCAGAUAAAUGUUCAAUUGCACAGAUUCCCAUUGAGAUGACAGUAUUUGCCGUGCAAAGGUAAAUGUGACAGCACCUUAAUUCAGUGGCUUGUUCGAUUUGGACAAAACCUCUUUGAAAAAAGACCUCAGGAAUUUGCGUUACGAAUGCCGUUUCUUCUCUGUGUUGACGUAUUUCCUGUUAUAGGAAUAUUCUAGGUUCAGUACAAAUUAAGCUCAAUUGAUAGUAAUUGUGGCAUAAUGUUGAUUACCGCAAAAAAUAAAUAAAUAAUAAUAAUAAUAAUAAAACAAAUCUAUUCAUCCCUCCUUUUCUUUAAAAAAAGCAAAAAUCAAGAUUAAAUUGAGGCACCUAAAAUGGAAGUGAAUGGGGCCAAAUUUUUUGAGGGUUUAAAGGCAGAAAUGUGAAGCUUAUAAUUUUAUAAAAGCACUUAAUCUUCCAUUAAAACUGAAAUAAUUUUUUUAUCAACAUUGUGCCACAAAUGCUGUCGAUUGAGCUUAACUUUUAUUAAACCUGGAAUAUUCCUUUAAAACAGGAAGUUUGGAUAGAAAAUAUUGAAAGCCUUUCUGCCUUUUAAAAAAUAGUGAUAGGCUUUAGUUACGUCACACCCAUGAAUUACGAUCUGCUACAUGCUCGAUUGGACAAGACAGCCUGUAAAGGUUAAAUUUGUAUAUCUGCUAUUGGUUUACUUUUGUCAACUUUUAGAAUUACACAAGCCUACAGAUGGCUUAAAAGAUAACAGACGAGGAAUAAGACACACAUCUCCAGUUUGAAUAUCAUGGGGUCUUUAACAUGGAAAAGAUAGAUUUAUUGCUUGUCAGGUUACUGUGUUGUGCCUGGACAGAACACGGUGUAAGUCAGGUUGAGAGAGAAGAAUUUUCUCACAUCAUAAAACUGUACUAGUGAUGGUGUCAGCAAUCAAGCACCCGCCAUUAUCUGUCUGUCCAGAACAGAAUAUCCUCUCAUUAUUUAAUGGCUUCUCUGUGUCAGUGCUGCACUGUAAUACUACGGCUCCAAAACCCUCGUCUUCCUCAGAAUUAAACAGCUUUCUUCUUCACACUCCUUUUACAAUCACUGUGACUCAAAACUGCAGCAAAUCCACACAUACAUUUCUGCUCUGUCUCUACAGUACUAAAACCAGCAUGAAUUAUCAUGCCGAUCCACCAGCUUGUGUUGGUGUUGGUCCACCAGCAUAGUCUUUCUGAUGAAGCUGGUUGACCAAGAGAAUCUUGCUUGUUAAAACCAGCAUCCAAACCACAACUUAAGCUGGUCUUCUCAGCAGGCUGAUCAGAAAACAAAGUGAUUAGGAGUUGAGAAGUUCACGACAAUAGUUUAGUGAUAUUUAGAGGUGCUGCCCGCAAGUCCAAGGUGAGUUUUAAAUCUGCGUAACGGUACAGGAUUAGCAGAGCUUUGAAAGAAAUCCAGUGUUGAAGGGAUAUCCUGUACUCUUGAUCCUCAUCUUAUUUUGCUUGCAAUGACGUGUUAUUUCAUAAGCAUAGCUGUAUAGGUUUAUGCUAUUUCACAAAAAAAAAAAAAAUAAAUAAAAAAAAAAAGUAGGUGGGGGGUGGGGGGUGGGGGG